AUGGUUUCUUUACCUGACGGGUUAGAUUCCUCCAGUGACAGAAGUGAUAGUGGAAAGUUGUGGGAAUCUAUUUUACACGUCAUGCCACGUGAACUGAAGGCUCUUAUUGAGCGGAUUAAUGGAUUGGAAAGUGAAAAAAUCAGCUGUUUAAUUGCCGAUGGCAUCAUGGGAUGGGCUCUGGAGGUUGCGGCGAAAAUGGGAAUCAAGAAAGCAGCUUUCUGGCCUUCCGCUGCAGCAUUAAUGGCACUGCUCUUCAAUAUUCCGAGCAUCAUUGAUGAUGUGAUCAUAGAUAGCGAUGGUUGGACAACCCUAGAAAACUCAGGUAAUUCAACUUUCGCCAAUGAUGCCUGUCAUGAGAACAAAGGAUUUCAGUUGGACUUGUGUUGCCUGGCAUGGCUAGAUCAACAACCACAAAACUCUGUCAUUUAUGUAGCAUUUGGAAGUUUCACAGUAUUUGACCACAAUCAGUUCCAAGAACUGGCUCUUGGCCUUGAACUCAUCAAUAGACCAUUCUCGUGGGUAGUGCGGCAAAACAUAACCGAAGAUGUCCACAAUGCGUACCCUACAGGCUUUGAAGAAAGAGUGCAUGGUUGGGGGCAUGUGGUUAGUUGGGCGCCACAACAGAAGGUCCUAUCUCAUCCUUCUGUUGCUUGUUUCAUUAGCCAUUGUGGUUGGAAUUCUACCAUUGAAGGCAUAAGCAAUGGAGUCCCUUUUCUGUGUUGGCCUUAUUUCACAGAUCAAAUAUUCAAUACGACCUACAUUUGUGAUUAUUUGAAGAUUGGAUUGGAAUUGAAUAAAGAUGACAAUGGAAUCAUCAGACGUGAAGAAAUUAAGGAUAAGUUGGAACGAGUCUUGGGUGAAGAAGGAUUCAAAGAAAGGGUGUUGGAUCUUCAAGCCAAGAUUCUGGACAGCGUUAGAGAAGGAGGGAGUUCUGACCAAAAUCUUCAUGAUUUCUUAGCAUCACAAGGCCAUGUGAUACCCCUUAUGGAACUCGCACUCAAUUUAGUAAAACAUGGUUACAAGGUCACAUUCGUCAACACAGAGUUCAUGCAUGAGCGAGUUAUCAAAGCAUUGCCGGAGACAGAAAAUGUACGAGAACUCGUACAAAUGGUUUCUUUACCUGACGGGUUAGAUUCCUCCAGUGACAGAAGUGACAGUGGAAAGUUGUGGGAAUCUAUUUUACACGUCAUGCCACGUGAACUGAAGGCUCUUAUUGAGCGGAUUAAUGGAUUGGAAAGUGAAAAAAUUAGCUGUUUAAUUGCCGAUGGCAUCAUGGGAUGGGCUCUGGAGGUUGUGGCGAAAAUGGGAAUCAAGAAAGCAGCUUUCUGGCCUUCCGCUGCAGCAUUAAUGGCACUGCUCUUCAAUAUUCCGAGCAUCAUUGAUGAUGGGAUCAUAGACAGCGAUGGUUGGUACAGUUCAAAACAUACAUAUUGA